AUAGCUGUCUUUGCUCAAGGCAAAAGGCUUCAGCCCAUGGAGAGCUUUUCAUUUCCAAAAAUGCCUACGAGUUUAAUUAAACUCCUUGUAUGAACCAGCUGGCAGGAGUCAUCACUUUACCAGCUUGUCUGUCUGCAAUUCCAAGUGAAGAUGGGUGUUCUGGCUGUAUUAAUUCUCCCACUUCUUGUGGUAGGAAUCAGUGGUGUGGUAUAUAUUUAUCGGACAAUUGUUCAGAUGAUGUCAAAAUCUGCUGUGCGGAGCAAAGUUGUAAUAAUUACUGACGCUCUCUCUGGUGUGGGCAAGGAAUGUUCACGAGUAUUUCAUGUUGGUGGAGCCAGGCUAGUUCUGUGUGGUAAGAACUUGGACAAGCUAGAGGAGCUCUAUGGUGAAUUAAACAGUGCUGCUGAUCCUAGGGCUACAUUUACACCAAAGCUUAUCCUUCUAGAUCUGUCUGAUGUAAACUGUAUCCAAGAUGUAGCUAAAGAAAUCUUGGAUUGUUAUGGGUGUGUGGAUAUACUCAUCAACAAUGCCAGCACAAAAAUUAAGGGUACAGUGCAGAACAUCUCCCUGGAAGCUGACAGAAAGAUUAUGGAUGCCAAUUAUUUUGGGCCAGUAACACUCACCAAAGCUCUUAUUCCCAACAUGAUCUCCAGGAGAACUGGUCAGAUCAUAUUGGUCAACAAUAUCCAGGGAAAAUUAGGAGUCCCAUUUCGUGCAGCCUAUGCGGCUUCAAAGCAUGCUGCACUGGGGUUCUUCGACUGCUUGAGAGCAGAACUGCAGGAAUUCGGUGUUUGUGUCAGCACGGUGACUCCAAGCUUUAUACGUUCAUACAGUGUUCAACCACAGCCUAGCAACGGGGAAGCCUCCAUGUGGAAAUCUCUUCUCAGAAAACUGGCCUAUGGUGUCCACCCAACAGAGGUAGCAGAAGAAAUUCUGCGCACAGUGAACAGGAGGAAACAGGAAGUGUUCAUGGCAAAUCCUAUUGCAAAGACAGCUGUCUACAUCCGCACAUUCUUUCCAGAGUUAUUUUUUGCUGUUGUUGCCGCUGGAGUUAAAGAAAAACAGAAAAUAGAAGAUGGAAAGUAAUUGUAUCUUGUUCAUCCACCUUGGCAGUAGGAUUGUCAGAAGUCUUUAUUUUAUGGGCAGGUCUAUUAAGGAGGUUGAAGCAGGGAAAGACCACACAAUUCCAAAAGAAAUAAGAAAACAUGUCUGAGGGUUUGAAGGCAGUGGAGUUGGGAAAGUUAAUGUUUCUAGCUAAAAUUAAAGCUACACACCUGAGUAAUGGACAGGCUCCAGGGUUCAUUGUAAGCCAUUGGAAAUGCCUGUGGUGCUGCAAAAGAAUAGAUAGAAGACACAAACGCCCCCAAGAAAUGAUGUUCUACAUGUUGGCUUUUGCCUUAGAGCUGUUGUGGAAACAGGAAAACUUAAAUAAAUACAGGCCAUGUGGUUACUGGGUCUAGGAAGAAAUGGAGAAAUAGAUGGAGAUUUUAAAAGAGAUGGAGUAUGUGGCACGAAUGUAUGGUGUUCAUUUGAUAACUGAGAAUGAAGAGUGUAUGGUGUUCAUUUGAUAACAGAGCAGGCUUGGUUUGGUGUAGAGAGGAAUUUCUCAGAGAAGCAGAAUACAGGCAAUUCGACAAUAUUUGGUAUAUUUGUGGUUUGUGCAAGUAUUUCUCUCUCUCUCUCUCUCUCUCUCAAUUUCAAAAGCACAAGAUUGUAUCUAGUGCCUCUAGUAGGACCUGAUUUUGGAAAUGUUUAGCCAUAAAGAAUUAAGCAAGUAUCAGGGGCGAGUGCUUUGACAGAAAUGGAUGCACACAUAUAGUCAGAUUUUGGGAAAACCUUACAGAGACUGAAAAAACACUAUAGUUUUAUUAUCUGAUGGUGGCAAUAACAGGUAAUACUAUAUCACUCAGUAGACACAAAGAAGUGCAGAAACCAGCCUAUGACAACUGAAGAUUGCUGCAAGCAGCAUCGGUCCAUCACAAUCAAUUAUUCAAAUUAUAAGGGAAAAAGUGGAAGGUGUCAUAAAUGAAAUCAAGAACCCCUAGACUUGACAGAGAAAUGUAUGGGGCUGGUAUCCCUUUGUAACUAAAUAGCUGCCACAGAAUCUAUGCAACAUCUACAUAUAAUGGGCAUAGCAAAACCAAGAGAAGGUGUCAUGUUUUAAACUAGCUGUGAUGUAACCUGGAACAGAAUGUUGUCAAACUGUACAUAGCAUGGACAAUGUGAGAAAAGCGGUUAGAGAGUAUUGAUCCAGGAGCAUAACUGUAACAGGGGCAGUUCUGGUGCCACAUGUUUAUCUAUUGCGGCAUCUUUUGUAGCUCCAUCCUGGUUCAAGCACUGGCCAUAUAAGCAUGUGUCACAUUAGGAUAGCAAAAAGCAGAAAUAGCUAUGUUAACCAUAACAAAAAUGCCCAAUUUCAUGUUGUGGUAGCACCUUUAUCAGGCCAAACAGGAUGACACACAAAUGUGUAGCGAGCUGUUGAAACCUUAAGAUCUCUUCAUCAGGCAAGGUGUUACAUAAAGCAUUGUCUGCACAUUGUCAAGAAACAGCAGGCUCUACAGACUCUAAAACAGGUGUAAUCAGCACCAUUGUUUGCCCAGGGAGAAGACAAUUUUCAGACUCCCCCUAAAUAUGCAUGGUUUGCAGGAGGAGCAUGACGGAUCUCGAACAGUUGCAUAGACAAGACUCGCAUACUGUGUAAACUGAAACAAAAGAGUGAAAGAAUGCAUACUUUCUGAAAAUGUCACCUGCAUGUAUGUAUGAAGAGAGAGGACUGAACUGAAAGAUGGCUGCUGCUAGGUUUGUGGUUGCUGCAGGACAUCCAGAGGUUGGCGCCCAAAUAGUAAUGCUAUGGAGGUGUGCUUCUUCUCUGGUCCUAGCAAAAGGAUUAGGGACAAGCCCUCAGCAUCUUCCCUGACUCCACUGCCUCUUCAUUUCCCCUCUUUUGGCUCACUGGCUUAAACCAGUAUCAAAUGUUCCUGUCUUCUAAAAGAGAAUCCUUCAUCUUGAACAACACAUUCACAUUUAGAUAUUUCAAUUGGAAAAUUUUUGAAGAAAGCCACAAGCACAAUAAAAAAUAUUUGACAAUAAUAUGUACAUAGUGUUCCCCGUAAUGGAUUUCAGAUCCUGCAACCUUGCCUUGAAGUGGCAUAAAUAAAGUCCUUGCUUUAACUGUGUACAACACAUUUCUUUUCUGUUUUCUACUGAAGGGUGAAG